CGCGCGGGCGGGAGCAGCGGGAACGGAACCGGAAGCGGCCUCAGGAGCCCUCAGGGGCUCCGGGAGCCACUUAAAGCUCCCCGGGACCCCCAAAACCUUCCCGGGGACCCCGAAUUUCUCCUCGGGUCCAUUAAAACAUUCCCGGGGUCCUCAAAAAUCUACCCGGGACCCCUAAAACCUUCCAGGGAUCCCCAGAAACCUCCCUGACAGCCGCUCGGGGCCUCGCCUGGACCCCCUCAGGAGCCUCCGGGACCCCCUCAGGACCCUCCGGUACCCCCGGGAUCCUCUCCGCGACCCCCUCAGGAACCCCCGGGACCCUCGGGAUCCUCUCCGGGACUCUCCGGGAGCCCUUCAGAAACCUCCGGUGCCCCCUCAGGAACCUCCGGGACCCCCUCAAGACCCUCAGAAACCUCCCGGGACCCCCUCAAGACCUCCGGGACUCCCUCAGGAGCAUCCGGGACCCUCUCGAGUCUCCCCGGUUUCCCCUCACGACCCUCUGGGAUCCCCUCAGGGCCCUCCGGGACUCUUCAAGACCCUCCGGGAGCCCCUCAAGAUCCUCCGGAACCCCCUCAAGACGCUCCGGGAGCCCCUAAGGACCCUCCAGACCGUCCCCGGGAGCCGCUCGGGGCCCGGAGCAGCCCCGGUGCCGGUGCCGCCAUGUCGGACUCCGGGCAGAGCCCCGCCCCCGGCGCGCGGCGCCGCUGCUGGAACCGAGAGAAGGAACCGGAGGGAGGCGGAGAGAGGAGGGAGAUGGGGGAGGAGCCAGCGGGGACCCUACAGAAGACGCCAAUCAUCCUGGCCAAGCCCCCUGCAGAACGGCAGCAGCCGCCUCCAGCCGCCCCAAAGGCGGGGCCAGCGCAAGCCCCGCCCCCUCCCGCGCCGGCCCCGCCCAUCGUGCUGAUGAAAGCGCGGGGGGAGGAGGGGCGGGGAGGGGGCGGAGCCUCGGCAGCACCAGGGGAGGGCCCACAGCAAGCCCCGCCCACCGAGAGGGAGGGGCCACGCCCCACCCAGCCUGUCUAUCAACUGCACAGCCGGGGAUUGGCCCCGCCCGCCGCGCUGGACCCUGCCCAGGCCCAGGCCCGGCUGGCGGCGCCCGAGAAGAUGAAAAGCAGCAUCAAACUGGUGGACGAGCAAAUGAACUGGUGCGACAGCGCCCUCGAGUUCCUGCUGGAGCAGACGGACGUGCUGGUGGUGGGAGCGCUGGGGCUGCAGGGAACCGGGAAAUCCACGGUGAUGUCACUGCUGGCCGGGAACCAGCCCGAGGAGGACCCGCGCUCCUUCGUGUUCCGGCCGCAGCCGCCGGAGCUCCGCGAGAGGGGCGGGGCCCAGACCGGGGGCAUCGACCUGUUCAUCACCCAGGAGCGCGUCCUGUUCUUGGACACGCAGCCCAUCCUAAGCCCCGCCCACCUGGAUCACCUGAUCAACAACGACCGGAAGCUCCCGCCCGAGUUCGCGCUGCCCCACGCCUACGUGGAAACCCAGUCGCUGCAGAUCGCUGCUUUCCUGUUCACCGUGUGCCACGUGGUGCUGCUGGUGCAGGAUUGGUUCACUGACCUGGGGCUCUACAGGUUCCUGCAGACGGCCGAGAUGGUGAAGCCGCCGACGCCGUCCCCGAGCCACGACUCGAGCGGGGCCGGGCCCGAGGAGCCCUCGGAGUAUUACCCGCACCUGGUGUUCGUGCAGACCCGCGCUCCCCCCGAGUGCUUCUCCCCGCGCCGCCUGGCGCAGAUGCAGCGCGUGCUCGGCCGCCUGAUGGCGCACUCCAGGCUCAAAUAUCGGGGCUCGCUGUCCAUGCGGGAGCUGCUCCCCGGUGCCCCCCCCGGGGCCGAGCCCGAGGUCAAUCUGUUCCUGCUGCCCCCCCUGGAGGAGGAGCCCGAGGACGCCCUGCCCCGAGGUGGGGGAGGGGCGCUGUUCCCCGCCCUGCCCCCAUUCCGGGGUCGGGGGGGGCUCGGGGGGCUCCUGGCCCGGCUCAGGGGUCGGGUCCUGGCAGCUGCACGUUCCCAGUUAUCGCACAGCCUGCUGACCGAGAGGAACUGGUUCCAUUACGCCGCUCGCAUCUGGGAUGGGGUGAAGAAAUCCUCAGCCCUGGCCGAGUACGGCCGCUUACUGGGCUGAACUGGGAGCACUGGGAAGCUCCCCCUUGCGCCAAUAAACCGCCAAAACCAC